UAGCAGAAAUUGUGAAAAUUUGUACGUGAAAAGAUCAAAAUUAUCGCCGAGGUUGACGAAGUCGCAAAAGGAGCAAAUAUUUUUGGUAAUUUGUGGCGUGAAAAUAGUUAAAAAUUGUGUGGAAAUCUUCAUUGAACAAUGUUUGAGAUACUGGACAUUAAGAAAGAAAUGAAUUAAUGUGUGCUGAAGCUUAAAAAAUGUGAAAAUAAAAUUAUGAAUGUUGGGAGUACAUAGAGAAAAUAGUCACAAGCAAUUAUAAUAGAAAGAGGGGCGAACAAGCUGGAAUGCAAAGUGCAGCAGAGGCAGAGCGUACGCCAGCGGAGCCCCAAACCCCAACCUCAAAAUUAUACGAGUAGAGAUUACUUGGUCGGUCGGUUAAUGUGUUGCGAAAAAGUCGAAUAAUUGCGAGGAGUGGCGGCGCCCGCUACGAAUAGAUGAGCUAGUUACGCGCAAAACGCACAAAGCCGAAGGACAGAAUGUCUGUAACAAUUCUCCAAAUGGAAUAAUCAUACAAAAUAUUUAUUUAUUUAUUUAUGAAGAACACGAAAUAGAAACAAAAUGUAAUUUGUGCUACGAUGAAAUUUGAUAAAGUAUUCGAUUUUCUGUUUGUGAAGGAAAAAGAAAAAGUAGUGGACAACGCACUACAAAAAAUAGAUCUAGCAGAAGUUGGAUACGAUCAAAAUUACGGAGCAUAAAACGAAAGGAACGAACGUUAUAGCAGAAGCAAAGACAUUUGGAGACGAAAUAACAGAAAAAUACUAAAAAGAAACAAACAAAAAGCACCAAAAAAGGUGGCACAAUGCAGUGAAGUAUGAUAGAAGAAAUACGAUAAAGUAAAAUUGUGAGGAAAAGCAGUGAUGUGCAAUAAAGGUGCUGGCGUAGUAAUCGAAGCGAAAGGUAGUGAAAUGUUUUUUUCCCCAUUGCAUUGUGCGUGCUUGCAGUGAAAGAAAGAAAACAGAUAAAGCAGAUAUGUUAAUUAAAUCGAACAAAGUCAACAAUUAAUGGCACUUUAAAACAGCUAAAAUACAUAAUAGCAAAAGAGGAAAAGUCCACAACAAAAUCAAUACUUUAACACAGUUUGAAAAGAAAACCAAGCGUGCUACAGAAAAUCAAUUUUCGUGUUUACUUUAUUACAGCUAUUGCGAAACCAUUGCACAUGUUUAAUGUCCCAUUAUAAGAGCAUAUAAAAAAACAUAUACAAUUUACGAAAGCGUAAUAUUGCAUUAACAAAAUUUAAAACUGUUGUGUGCGGAUCGUAAAACAAGAUCGUUGCAUUGGGAAGUCGGAUUAUAAUUCAGUUCUCGGUACAAUUCAAUUAAAAAAUCUGCAUAAUACAUACAUCAUCAGCUUCUUGGCGUGGCAGACAUACUCGUUCUGCCUUUGAUUGACUGGCAGACAGUCUGAUUGGCAAGCAGACGGUCCAACAAAUUUAUUACAAAAUUGGGCAGUGACCAAUACGAUUUGCCAGCCAAACCGACGUUCAUAUAACCACAGACGAGACAAUUUAGAUAUAAAAACCUAAAACGUAAAAACAUUCAAAAUGACUUCACUGGACGUGCGUAACAAUUCGGCGGUAAUGAAACGAGCCGAACAACUAAAACGCUGGGAGGAAUCGGACACAAAUCGCCAACCUCCAACGCCACGUCCCGAGCGCGGACGUAAAAUCAAAUUCUCCUCUGGCUGUGUCUUUUUAGCCGCAUGCAUGUCCGGUGAUAAGGAGGAAGUGCUAAAGUUGCUUGAAAAUGGUGCCGAUAUUAAUACAGCUAACGUUGAUGGAUUAACUGCCUUACAUCAGGCUUGCAUUGAUGAUAAUUUAGAAAUUGUUGAAUUUCUAAUCGAACAUGGCGCUGAUAUAAACAGACAAGAUAACGAAGGUUGGACGCCGCUACACGCCACAGCCUCAUGCGGCUUUGUGAGCAUAGCCCGCUAUUUGGUGGAGCAUGACGCCGAUCCGGCCGCUGUAAAUAGCGACGGUGACUUGGCCGUGGACUUGGCUGUCGAUAUACAACAUUUGCCGAUGAUGGAUUUCAUGCAAAAGGUGAUGACUGAACACAAUAUCGACUGUGAGAAGGCGCGACAGGCGGAGGAGCAGCUAAUGUUGAGUGAUGCCAAAAAAUGGUUGCGCAGUGAUGCGUCCGAAGUGGAUCGGCCGCAUCCAAAAACUGGUGCCACAGCGUUGCAUGUUGCAGCCGCAAAGGGUUAUACUAAGGUUAUAAGUUUACUACUCGCCGGACGUGCUAAUGUCGAUAAACAGGACAAUGACGGCUGGACGCCGUUGCAUGCUGCAUCACAUUGGGGCCAAAAGGAGGCAGCCGAGAUGCUCGUCAAUGCUAUGGCCGAUAUGGACGUGCGCAAUUAUGCCGGUCAGACGUGCAUCGAUGUGGCCGAUCGGAAAAUGGCUAAAUUCUUGGAGGAGCUGCGUAGCACCAGCAACAAACGUGUCAAACGUCGUCCUUCUAGUCAAAUCAGAAUCUCAGAUAAAAUUGAAAAUCACAUUGACAAUACACCAACUAAAAUUAUACGAGUGGAAGUGAAGUCGGAUCAGUCGAAGGAUCAGGCAAAUGCUUCCAUAUCUGAUAUUGAACUGCCAAUGAUCGAUAGUAGUGAUCAACUGGAUCAAGCCCAUAAUCUAGCGCGUAUAGCUGAAUAUGAUGAAACCGAUUCUGAACUCACCGACUCAACAGAGAGCUCACAUUCGACCAGCCUAUCCGAACCUGAAGAUGAAAAAUCUAAACAACCGACUGAUUCAUCCACAGACAACCAACCUGUUGAAGAAGAGGCGCCUUGGCGACGCAAUAGUUUGGCACGUGUGCGCACACAAAAUGAAAGUCCAACGAAAAAUCAAGUUCCUGAAAAAGAAGUUAGUAAAACUAACAGCACCACAGAGCCAUCAGAUGUUAUUUUGAGGCGCACACAGAGCUUCGAACACGAUGAGAAAUUCUAUCAAAAAUAUCACGAGCUGCGCGCACGCAUAAAAGCCAAUUCAUGUCCCAUACUGCCGGCCACACAACUCAAUAGUAACAACAGUAGUAACAGUAAUAGCCGCAAUAACAAUAGCAACAGUAGCAAUAGCAAUAGCAAUAACAACAUCAACAAUAAUAGCAAUAACAGUAACAAUAUAAAUAACAGUAAAAGUAACAACACCAAUAUUAUCAAUAAUCCCACAAGCGCAUUAGGCAACGUUUACACGCCCAUUCCAAAUUAUUCGGUACAAAGAUCGGCUUCACUCAAAGAUCAUAGAAAUUACAGCAAUUCGACAAAUACGUCGACCACAUCAAUAACGGCGGCAUACACCACCAGCAGCACGCCAUCAACAGCUGAUUCGACUGCGUCCAUAACGACAAGCACCACCACCACCACUUCAUCGACAGCUGCAACUACGACACCGAUUCGCAGCACACCUACUAGUUCGGCAAAUGCUGCUGACAAAGGUGCCACAAGUGCUGCCAGCACCAGCACUACCAACAAUAAUAAAAAUAAUCAAAACAAUAAUAAUAAUAAAAUCAGCAAUACGAUCACAAAUUCAAACACUGCCAAUAAUAACAAUGAUAACGGUAAUAAUAAGAUUGAUAAUGACCCUAAACAGUCAUCGUCAUCGUCAUCAUCAACUUUGUCCGGUCCGUCUACUUCCCCCGAUGCAGCUGCGCCAACCACUACUACAAAGCAGAAAAUGUCGGCAGGCACAAUUUUCAAAAAUUUCUUCAAAUCCUUUGUGCCACCGGUGCGUGACGAGGAAAGCGAAACACAACGUAAGGCACACGCUAAGCGCGUACGUGAGACGCGUCGCUCUACACAAGGUGUAACGUUGGACGAAAUUAAGAGUGCCGAAGAGUUGGUUAAGAAGAAAAAUUCAACCAUGAAUAACAACAAUAACAGCAGCAGCAACGAAACGCAAGUAGCUACAGCAACAGCAGAAAAUCCAUCAACAUCACAGCAGCAAGAAGUGGAGCCGCUGACGCAACCGCCAAUAAUAGCGACAGAAACAGAGGCUAGUCCACAAUCGCCGCCUCGAACAGACGAAAAUGAAGCACCAAUCGUUCUCAGCCCCACCACCAAUGCCGCAAAAUGCGCCCGAGACAAGGAGGAUGAUGAUAAGGAGGCACCAGAGGAUGCCGAAAAGGAUGAAUGCGCUGUGGACAAUGAUGGCGAAGAUGUUUCUGCCUCAUUCACAAUCGUUGCACCAACCCGAAAGAUCGUCACACCAACAGAAGAUGCAACGACUGAUGAAAACACCGACGAUAAUGACGAAGAAGUUAGCGCCUCGUACACACUGACCCCGCGACAUUCGUUUAUCGGCAGCGCAGUGCCCAAUGAAGCGGUGGAAACGACGAUAGUGGUCACUCCACCGGAGAUGACUAUCAAUGAAAGCGCGGUCGCUGAGGAGGUAACGGUCAGGAAAAAACAAGUUGCGAAAGAAACCGAAAACGAUGACGAGAAUGCGGAAGAGGACGAGGACGACGAUGAAGAUGAGAGCAGGGAUGACGACGAAGAAGCGAACGAGAAUGAAGCCGAGGCUGCAAGCAAACGUGAAUCGUUAAAACAGAGCGCUGCAGAAAAAAGUGCAGAAACGCUGCAAGUUGCAGCUGCCGAUGUGGAGGCGGAAGAUGCCGAUGAAGAGCAGAACGAAAACGCAGAUGAAGAGGUGCAAGGUGACACGGAGGAUGACUCAGAUGAAAGUGAAACUAUUGAAGUCCACAAUUUACAAAAUGCAAAUGAAAAGACUGAACGCCCUGUGCCGAAACAGAUUGAGCCCAGUGAGAAUUCCACUACCAAAUCCCCCGUCUUAACCACCAGCACAACUUCCAACGAACGUUCCCGCUUAAGCACACUAACACCAUUGCCACUAGCAGUGACUACUGUGGGCGCUUCCGCAAGCAAAUCCUCAGUGCAUCCGACUAGUGCAGUUACUACACCGAUUACGCCAACGUCGUCGUCGUCGUCGUCGCCACCGCCACCUACACUCGAAAGCCCUGUGCGCUUGCGUGAAAAACGAAUACCCCCCUAUGAAACUGACAGCAACAAUGCCUUAACGCUUGUCGAGCGGCUGCGUUACGAAGCGAGUAAAUAUAGUGGGGCUGGUGGUGAUGAACUAGUGGCUGUAAGCAAAACACGCUCGCUACCACCAACGUUACAAGGCGGUGGCGUCGGCGGCGGCGGCGGUGGGACUGAAGAUGGCGCUGGCGGUGGCAUUAACGCUUGCAUUGACAAUAAUGAGCCAGCGCUGGCGCCAACAACAACUUACAGCAAAAUAUUUGGUGGCAGUCGGCGCAGCUUAGAUUCGACUUCACUGCCACUACAAAGCCAUGGCAGCCUGGCAACGGAACAAGCGAAUAUCAGUGCUUUUGGUAGUAUUAGUAGUUGUAGUAGUAUUAGCGGUACGGCGACAGCAACGUCGGCGGCGUCGGGCAGCCAUGCUAGUAGUACGACGGCAGCGGCGUCAUCGUUGUCCUCCUCCUCCUCCUCGAAUACGAUGGCUGAGCGGCGUCCAUCUUGGCGUUUGAAAUUCGAUGCUGGCUGUAAGUUCAAAUUGGAAGAUGCAUCGAGUGGGAAUACAUUUCCGCCAAAUAACAGCACCAUUAUACCGAGUGCGCCAGCUGUUAUUGCCGCCGCCAAUCUAUCGUCAACCAUAUCACAACGUCGUAUCAAUAGCAAUUCAUUGAAUUCCUCGAAUCAAUCGCUGAAUUCAAUUGGACGACCCGUUUCUGCACCGGUUAAUGCCAGCACAUCCUCCACUUUGCUCAGCAACGAUGCUCAGAGCGAAGGUGUUGGCAUUUACGGUCGAAGACUCACUUCCGGAAAUGCAAAUACUUACAGUAGCAGCGGCAGCAGCACUGCUACUGCAACGGCGGCGGCGACCACAUCCACAACCACAGCCAACGUUACGGCUUCUACGGCUACUGUGGCGUCUAAAGCCAAUGAGGAUAAAGAUAACGACAAAGAAAACGAUAAUCGCAAUUUGGCUGCAUCUGCUAUACAGCGAAGAAGAAAACCAAAACGAAGAUCCACCGGCGUUGUACAUAUCGAUAUGGAUGAUCUCGAUCCAGAACGACAAGAUUCGGCCAACGAUACGGAAGAGAAAGAUAAGGAUAAAGAGAGUGGCGGUGAACGUGCCGCUUCGCGUUCACGUUUAGGCAGUACCACCACCUCCAGCUCGAACUCCGCGACAGAUGAAAAUAAAGCACGUGAUAAGUCAGAGAAUGGCGAAGCCAUCGACUACAAGGCUCUAUGGGAGGCUGCAAAAUUGGAGAACGACAAACUAAAACAGCAAUUAAAGAAGAAGGAUGAAGAAAUCGUACAAAGUAGAGCAACACUCGAAAGAAUUACAAACGCAACAACUAAAAACUCACUCUCAGAGCUCGAAAAACGCGAAAGGAGAGCAAUGGAACGCAAACUUUCCGAAAUGGAAGAAGAGUUAAAGCUAUUGCAGAAGCUUAAGACUGAGAAUGAGCGUUUGCGUGCGGAGAAUCGUGCUCUCACGCGUGUCGUAUCCAAGUUGACCUCCUCAGCUCAGAGUCAACUAGCUAAAAAAUCAAAAUAAUUUUAAAAUUAAAAUGAAAUCAAAUCAAAAAUAAUACUUACUUAAACUAAGGAAAUUAGUAAAUGAAAAAUUAUUAAUAUAUAUACAUAAUUCAUAUGCGCAUAUACACACGUACAUACAUACUAUUGUUAAAGAUAAGUGUUUAGAAGAACAAAAAAAAAAGAGACUACAUAAAAGCAAGUGUUUCGAGAGACGGCGUAUAACUGGUGCCGAGUAAUGCUUACAGUAUUUAAGCUCGUAUUGAACUGGAUAAUUUUUGUGCUGCAAAGAAAAUGACGCUGGUAGAAAGAAGCUUCCUAAGAGAGCUUUUAGUGGGAGCUGUGUAGUAUAAACUAUACUACAUACAAAUAAAUGAAUGAACACUUGUGUUGAGAUGCUGAAGUUUUGGAAAAAUUGCCACUUCUUGGCUCUGAAAUGUUUGUAAAAUAUUCCAAUUGUUCGAUCGGUUCUAUCAGCACAGGCAGCAAACAUAUCAGCAAUGAUUACACUGGAAAUUUAUAAACUGUUAUUGCACAAUUCCACAAUGGAUAUCAAAUGGAUUAGGAGCAUAAAAAAAAAGUUUGGUGUUAAUAAGCUUGUAUGCCUCUUGCCAAGCUACAGCGUACGCGCGCUGACUUUGAAAACCGUCGGAAGGAUUACGCAGCUUUCAUUGCUCUACCAAUAUACAUACAUACACAUAGAUUUAUGUAUUUAAAAGUACAUUUAAUAUUGCUUGCAUAUCGUAACUGCACAAUAAUCGAAUAAAAAAUAUCCUAAAACU